UACAACACUAACAGGAAGACGGAGUGGCGCUGCAUGACCCGACUCUGAUCUGGAUCAUGUACAUUUAAUUAAAGCGAACCAGCUUUCGUACAGUUGGAUUUAUGGAACAUGUUAAACCCAUUCAAAGGACGUGUGAACUGUCAUAUGACUAUGUAGCGCCGGGGGGAGUCGUAUUUUCAAACGUGGAAACAGGCAUCACAAUCUAAACUGGCCGGCUGGAACAUUCACACACUUAGACACACAUCCACAUAGACACACACACAUCUACUUAGACACACACACACCUCACACACUUCGACACACACAUACACACACACACACACACACACACGUCACACAUUCACACGCUCACAUAGACAUACACCUCACACACAUAUGUAGACACACUCCUCACCCACACACACCUCACACAUACACACCUCACUCACACACGUAGACACACACACGUCCCCGUGAGGAGGCCAUGUGGUGGUUCCAGCAGGGUUUAUGUAUCCUGCCAGUGGCCCUGGUGGUGUGGACAGCAGCCACCUUCAUCCUGGCCUACAUCACAGCCGUGCUGCUUCGACAUGUGGACCCCCUGGUGCCUUACAUCAGCGACACAGGUACGGUGCCUCCUGAACGCUGCGUGUUUGGAAUGAUGCUGGACGUGUCAGCAUUCUUAGGCAUUGCGACCACUUAUGUGCGCUACAAGCAGGUACAGGCCCUGACAGAAGACGAGGAGUACAAACUCCACAAGCUCAACCUGUUUGGUCUGGUGUUGGGCUGGAUCAGCUCCUUUGGGAUGUGUGUCGUUGCUAACUUCCAGAAAACCACCCUGUUCUCCAUGCACCUGGUGGGGGCUGUGUUGACGUUCGGCGUGGGGGCGCUGUACAUCCUGGUGCAGACGCUGGUGUCUCUCUACAUGCAGCCCCACGUCCACGGCAAGACCGUCUUCUGGGUGCGCCUGGCUGUCGGAGUGUGGACCUUCUCCAGCAUCAUCAGCAUGUUUGUGUCCUCUGUCAUCAUGUACAGCAGUCUGCCUGGGGUGGACGUGGCCCACAAACUACACUGGAUCCCAGGAGAGACGGGCUACACAGCUCACCUUAUCAGCACCAUCUCAGAGUGGUCGCUGGCCAUGUCCUUCAUCAGCUUCUUUCUCACCUACAUCAGAGACUUCCAGAAAAUAACCUUGCGAGCUGACGUAAACCUACACAGCAGUCACCUCUAUGAUUCACUGCACUACAGCAUCACAGCACCCGUCAACCAAUCAGAGACAUCGCCGUUACUAGCAGGAAGUAUCUGAAACUCAGGGACUGUGUUCAACUCCCCCAGUAGUGGGGUUCACCUGACACACACAUGACAAGUGGACAUGGAUUUACAGGAGCUGGUAAAUGCACAUUUCCACUAAAUGUUUGUACUAAGAGAGUAGGUAGUCUAUAUUACAAUUUUUUUACAUUUGUAAGGCACAUUCCCUGAAGGUGCCAAAAAUGUACAGGUAGAUUAUAAAUUAGGAAAUUAAGUCCUGUACCUGAACAAGUAUAUUUUAAUAGUUUAAAUCUUGCUCCGAUGUUAAUCAAUUUUGAUUCUGGAAGUAAUUGUUUCUCACUUUCUAACGUUGCUGUUUUGUUAUUUAGCUGCUUCACUUGUGACCAGUUAGUUCGUUUUUUUCUCUCUCAAUUGCAUACACAGGUUAUCUGAAAGCAAGGCUCAUUUUCUCAAAACUCUUAACACAAAUCCAAAAGCUGACACACCAAAACCCAAAUCAAAACUGCAAAACUGAACAUUCUAAUCUAAUUUUGCCGUCUCAAAAUGAAAUGUUGUCUUGAAAUGACAUGCACACAAACAAAUGAGUAGACAUUUAUAACAAUCAAUUGAACACUGAUUUGCUCAGUGGGAAACACUACUAUGAUGCUGUAAUCUUACCGUAUCAGUAGGCCUUUUGUAUUUCCAGUGUUACACUGCAUACUGUAUGUACAGUAGCCUGUUGUAAACUGUUAUGUAUUCCGUCUUAACAUGAGUAAAGAUCGAGCCAUAAAGUGUGGUUUAGAACUGCAUAAUGAGUGAAAAACAGGCAUGUGCUUCUAAAUGUAUGAGUGAAAAACAGGCAUGUGCUUCUAAAUGUGCUGGAUUGGUGUAAGAUAAGGUACACGUUUCCGGUUUUGGUUUUUGUGUUUAAAGUUUCAGUGUUAGUGUGUAAGCAACUGAGAGAAACUGUUAAUAUGCUGACAAGCCUUCAAUUAAUCACACUGCAGUAUUAUUCAGCAGUCAUUCAUUUAUAUCUUUCUAAACUUUUACAAGGCCCUAAAUAGGGAAGAGAAUUAGGGUUUUGAAUGAUGCUGUUGUCAAAGCUGUUUACACAUUUUGCCAUAAAUCUGAUCCAGACAGCAUUGAUUCUGUCCUCCAGUUCAGCAGAACUAUGUCUGAAGGUAUAAUUGACAUUGACAAAUCAGACUGGUAAUCAUGCACUGACAUGUGCAUAUUUAAUAUCACACCUUGUGCAAACUUGUUGUAUAAAAUACUUUACACACAGUCCCCAGUUUUAUAGCACCUAUCGCAACUGUCAAGUUGACACUACAAACAGUUUGCAUUUCAAUAUGUCUGAGCUGUCCAUAAGGCAGACUAGACUGCUGAUUAUUCUGGGUCAUCAUGGAAUACUUAGCCACAAGACCUCAAACGAUUAAAUACCUGCUACAGUGAGUAAGUUCAGUAGGAACAUUCGCCCGAAGAGACAAGCGCUGUAGAGAUUUUUACAGUAAACAUCAGUCGCAGGGAAGUGAUAGAUGCUGGUUUGUACGACUGGUCGUUGUGUCCUGCUGUCAAAGCCAAUGCUGGAGUACCGAACCAAAACACAAGGUGGCAUUGUUCAGCUUUUGUUGCUAACUGUACUAAGGGAUGUUGUACCCAAACCAAUGUGUUCUAUGUUUAUUUGCCUUUGAAAUAAAACUGUCACCAAUAAAUCCUUUUCAAACCACU